CCCGGAGCGAACGCGAAGGGCCCGGAGCGAGCCCGGAGCCCAUCCCGGGCUGGGCCUCAGGCUCGGCCCUUGGGGGCAUUUUGGGCCAAGCUGGGCAGGGUUAGGGUGGGCUCAGAUCCCUGGCAGGGAGUCCCAACCAUUCGGGAUGGAUUUUAGGCCCCUUUGGCUGAUUUUGGGCCAAAUCUGUUGGGGUUCAGGCCAGUUUUGAUAAUUUUAGAAUAAACUGGGCAGUUUUAAAAUUGAUUUUAGAUCCUUUUGGAUGAUUUUGGGCCUCUUUGGUUAAUUUUAGUUCGAGCCAAGCCUUCUAAGGGUGAUUUUAAGUUCCACUGUGAGCGUUUCAAGCCAGUCUGGUGAUUUUAAGUCUCUGUGGCUGAUUUUAUUUGAAACCAGGCAGGUUUUAGGGUGGUUUUUAGGCUCAUUUGGGUGAUUUUAGGCAAAACUAGUCAUGUUUUGGGUGGAUUUGAGCCCAUUUCACACAAUUUAAGAUUAUUUAGGUCUUUUUUUGUGGGUUGUAAAAGUAUUGGGCACUUUUGGGUCCAUUUGUCUGAUUUUAGGCCAAACCUGGUGGAUUUCGGCUGCAUUUGAGGCCCUUUUGGGUGAUUUUAAAGCAAACCGGGCCCUUUUAGGACCAUGGCUCUCCUUGGCCUGGCCCCUUUCCUCUCACAGUUCCGCCCUUUCCUCGCCCCCUUUCCCCUCAGGGUUCGGCCUUUGGGAAUGCGGGAGGAGGAGGAGGGAGGGAGAAAGAGGCUGAGUGGCAGCAGGAAACAGCUGGAGCAGGAGAGAGGGAAUCCUGAAGUCAUGGCAGCCCUGGGAUCAUCGCCCCCCAUCCCGCAGGAUUUCCCAUUCUCAAGACUUGGGAGGCUGCGAGGAAGAGGAAGAUGCCCCGGGACACUUAUGCAGGAGCUGAGCAUGGAGAGCAGGGAAGACAAAUCCCUGAGGCAGAACCUGGUGGAAGAGGCCGUUUUAAGCGGCUCCACGGCGCAGGAACCAAACGGGGAGGAAAAGCCCUGGAGAUCCCGCACGAGGAGUGGCUGCAAACGCAGAUCGCGGGGAUCUGAGGGGGAAAGAGCCAGCCUGGGCCGGGAAGGCGGCCGGAGAUCGAACCAGAGCUCGGAGCUGGUGCUCCAUGAGCAGGUUCAAAAUGGGGAGAAGCCCCACAAUUGCUUGGAGUGUGGGAAGAGCUUCAGGUGGAACUGCCACCUGAUUGCGCACCAGAGGAUCCACACUGGGGAGAGGCCCUAUGAGUGUGCGGAGUGUGGGAAGAGCUUCAGCCGGAGCUCUAGCCUGAUCCACCACCAGAAGACCCACACUGGGGAACGGCCCUACGAGUGUGAUCAGUGCAGGAAGAGGUUUCAGACCAGCUCCGGUCUCCUCGUGCACCAGCGCACGCACACAGAGGAGAGGCCCUUCCGCUGCCCCGACUGCGGGCAGGGCUUCAGGCACAACUCCCAUCUUGUCAUGCACCGACAAAUCCACACUGGGGAGAGACCCCACGAAUGUGGGGAAUGUGGGAAGAGCUUCAGCCGGCGCUCUACCCUGAUCCACCACCAGAGGAUCCACACUGGGGAACGGCCCUACAAAUGUGGGGAGUGUGAGAAGAGCUUCAGGUGGAGCUCUGACCUCAUCAAGCACCAGAGGACCCAUACUGGGGAGGGGCUCUAUGAGUGUGCAGAGUGUGGGAAGAGCUUCAGCUGGAGCUCCCAGCUGAUCAAACACCAGGUGAUCCACACUGAGGAAUGUCCCUACCAGUGUGAUCAAUGCAGGAAGAGGUUUCAGACCAGCUCCAGUCUCCUCAAGCACCAGCGCACACACACAGAAGAGAGGCCCUUCCGCUGCCCCGACUGCGGGCAGGGCUUCAGGCACAACUCCCAUCUUGUCAUGCACCGACAAAUCCACACCGGAGAGAGGCCCCACGAGUGUGAGGAAUGUGGGAAGAGCUUCAGCCGGAGCUCCACCCUGAUCCGCCACUGGAGGACCCACACUGGGGAACGGCCCUACAAGUGUGGGGAGUGUGGGAAGAGCUUCAGACAGAGUGCCCAUCUGAUUCAGCACCAGAACAUCCACACUAGGGAACGGCCACACAGAUGUGAGAAAUGUGGGAAGAGCUUCAGACAGCAUUCCUACCUGAUCCUCCACCAAAAGACCCACACUGGGGAGAGACCCUACGAGUGUGAUAAAUGCAGGAAGAGGUUUAAGACCAGCUCCAGUCUCCUCAGGCAUUAUCUGAUUCACUCAGAGGAGAGGCCCUUCUGCUGCCCCGACUGUGGGAAGGGAUUUAAGCUAAACUGCACCCUCAUCACCCACCGGCGCAUCCACACUGGGGAGAGGCCCUACGAGUGUGAGGAGUGUGGGAAGAGCUUCUCACAGCGCUCUCACUUGAACAAACACCAACGGAGCCACCAGUAAGGGAAGCCCUGUGAGUGCCCCAAGUGCAGAAAGAGCUUCAUGCGCUGCUCCAGCUCUAUCCCCCGCUGGAGGAGCCAUGUUGGGCAGAGCCCUGGUGCCCCACAUUCCCAGUGAUCCAUGGUGGGAAUACCCCUGUGUGCUUGUCCUUUUGGUUUGGCCUUAAUUUGCUUGUGCUUCAUCUUUAUUUCUUAAAAACAGCCAAAACAGUGUUAAAUGAAAUAAAUUGACCAAAAAUAUCUGAAGUUCCACAAUUUCACAGGCAGUUUAGGGGGAUUUUAGGACCUGGGGAUGCAUUCUGUGUGGAGUGCCCCUGUUGCUAAGAGGCAGGAACUUGAUCUCACCCUUCUUGUGUUGCUAAGAUCUCCUCCCUUUACCCAAACCCCAACUCCACCCCUUGGAUACCCUAUAGAAACCCCAUGUCUCUGCCUUUGCCCUGUCUUUUGGGGGUAAGAAUUGGAUUUCUAGAGCUUUCUGACACCAAGCACCGUCUCAUUUGUUCCUGGCGCCAGCAGCAGCAGCCUCCCUGGACACCAUGAACUCUGGAGAAUGGGGGCAGCCAGUGAGGACAGGUCCUGGAUUGCAAGAUAAGUGUGUGUUGUGUUUGCCAUCUGUCAGAAGUGGGGCAGUUAUCUUCUGUGCAUUGGGCAAUUUUUUUUAUCUCUUCCACAACCAGUCCUCUCUCCAGGAUAUAUCUUCUGUCAAUGGGCCAUUAAUUAAUAAUUAUCUUCUGUUUAUGGGCCACUGAGUGUCACUGCAUGGCUGAUAAAAUGGUAUCAUCCCAUUGGGAGGUGCUCCACCCAGGGGGAGGAGCCAAGCGAUUCUAACUGGAUAGAAUCUGAGGUUUGGAACACCAUAGCAGCCUUUUCCCUCUGGAUUCCCAGAGGAUCAGCCUUUUCCCACUGGAUUCCCAGAGGAAGACCAGGCCCAUCUACAGCUCCUCUGGUUGUUCAGAGGAAAACUCCACCUUUCUCCAGGAUCCCUGCUCCAACAGAGCCACACCUGGCACUGCAGGAGGGCUGCAGCCACCAUUGACUGGGACUGUUGCCAACACCCUGACCCACAGGAUGUCAGGUCCUGUUCUGACUCUGUCAGUGCUUUUUUUUGUUUGUACUACUGCAUUUGUAUUUUUAACUUUUCUUCAAAAAAGAACUGUUAUUCUUAUUCCUAUAUCUUUGCCUGAGAGCCCCUUACUUUCUAAAUGAUAACAAUUCAGAGGGAGGGGGUUUGCAUUUUCCAUUCCAGGGGAGGCCCCUGCCUUCCUUAGCAGAAACCUGGCUUUUCAAAACAAGACAAUAACAAAGUUAAUUUAACACCACAGAUAUAAAAUCCGUUUUAAUAUCUGUGAAAAGCCAAUAUUAUUGUUAUGUAUCCAUAACAAUAGUGACCCUAAAAACAUGGGGGUAAAAAGCUUAUGGGGAGGGGAAUUCCCAGUACUUGGACUGGGCCAUGGGACUGACAUCUACCAUCACUCAGCGAGAGGUUUAUUGUUAUGGAUACAUAUUAUAAUAUUGGCUUUUCAUAGAUAUUAAAAUGCAUUUUAUAUGUGUGAUGUUAAAGUAACUUUGUUGUAAAGAUAUACUUUUUAUUUCUGCUGUUAAUAAAGCUUCAUGAAAUA